GCGCGAUAACGCGUCAAAAGCAACCAAAGGAUCUCUAAUAUUUCCCAAAAAUUAUUCGUCUGAUAGCUGACAAAUUGCACUGGAGCUUGAUCCUUUCUGGGAUCGAGAAAGGGAUUCAUAUAUUGGGGGAGACGGGGCGUUUUUGAGGUUUAUAGAUCUACUGGAGAAGUUUUGAACCAUGGCGAAGAACAACAGCCUCCAUCCAAACAGCAAUGGAGAGACUGACGACUCCCCGAACAUGUUAGUUUACAGAAAGAUGGAGGAUGUUGUUGCCAGGAUGCAGGAUGAAAAAUAUGGCAUACCUAUUCGUACAGUGAAGAGUUUCCUUUCAAAGAUUCCCAGUGUCUUCUCUGGUUCAGACAUUGUUCAGUGGCUGCUGAAGAAUCUGGGUAUUGAAGACCAAGUUGAGGCUCUUCAUGUGGGCACAUUGAUGGCAGCUCAUGGCUAUUUCUUCCCCAUCUCUGACCAUGUGCUCACCCUUAAAGAUGAUGGCACAUUCUACAGAUUUCAGACUCCGUAUUUCUGGCCCUCAAACUGCUGGGAACCUGAGAACACUGACUACGCUGUGUACUUGUGCAAAAGAACAAUGCAGAACAAAGCACGACUAGAACUGGCUGAUUACGAAGCUGAGAGUUUAGCACGACUACAGCGGGCGUUCGCAAGAAAAUGGGAGUUCAUAUUUAUGCAAGCAGAGGCUCAAGCAAAAGUUGAUAAGAAAAGAGACAAAAUUGAGAGGAAAAUACUGGACAGUCAGGAGAGAGCCUUCUGGGAUGUGCACAGACCAGUGCCAGGGUGUGUGAAUACAACAGAGGUGGACAUAAAGAAAUCAUCCAGAAUGAAGAACCCACACAAAACAAGAAAGUCUGUAUACGGCCUUCAGAAUGACAUUCGCAGCCAUAGCCCCACCCACAUGCCAGUCCCUGAAGCCAAGCAACCAUCCGAGGAAGAGCUUCAAGAGCAGAUCAAGUUUUGGCAAUUACAGUUAGACAGACAUCGAUUGAAAAUGUCCAAAGUUGCAGAGAGUUUGCUGAGUUAUACUGAACAGUAUUCAGACUAUGACCCCUUCCUGUCCACUUCUGACCCAUCUAAUCCCUGGAUAUCAGAUGACACAACAUUUUGGGAGCUGGAGACCAGUAAAGAACCUGGUCAGACUAGAGUUAGACGCUGGGGUUUUGGAAUCAAUGAGGUCUUGAAAGAUCCUGUUGGGAGAGAGCAGUUCCUCAAGUUCCUGGAGUCUGAAUUCAGUUCGGAAAACCUCAGGUUCUGGUUGGCAGUGCAGGAGUUAAAGAGGAGGCCGAUUCGAGAGGUGCCAACACGGGUGCAGGAGAUCUGGGAGGAGUUCUUGGCUCCUGGAGCACCUAGUGCCAUCAACGUGGACUCAAAGAGCUAUGACAAAACCACACAGAACGUCAAAGACCCAGGACGAUACGCUUUUGAGGACGCACAGGAGCACAUCUACAAGCUGAUGAAGAGUGACUCUUACAGUCGUUUCAUUAGAUCCAGUGCCUACCAGGAGCUUCUGCAGGCUAAAAAAAAGAAAAGUAAGAACUUGUUUUGAAGGAAGGAAAUGCUUCCAGGGGAAAUCUCUGAUAUCUAAGAGGCUGCCUGCUGUCAUCCAAUCUUACUGAGCUUCAAUACAAUCAACUGAGGAUGAGGACGCUGUCAUUUUCAUCUCUGUCAUUCGAUUGGUCCAGAUCCCAGAUACCCUGGAAAUGGACCGAAUCACAUGCAUGUCUAAGAGACUUGAUUUUUUUUUUUUAAAUCAGUUUCUACUUGCUACCUGCUAGUUUCAGUCUGUCAGACAGUUAGACAUUAAGGACUUCUAAUAUUUGAGAAACGCAGCAAUGUCUUUCAAAAGAGGAAAAUGAUGUUCAGGUCUUCUCCUUUCCUCUUCUGUCUGUCAGGACUAUGUCUCCAGUUGUAGACUGAUCUAAAUGAUGUCAAAACCAGAUAAUAUAAAGUCAUUUAAAAAUCACAAAUAUAACAGCGUGGGCACAUUGUGUAAAAUCGAGAAGCUUUAGACACAGAGAUGAUCUCUUCCUACUCAUCUUUCAUCUCUUUUGCAUUGAUUUUAUUGCACUAUAAAGGGUUUAGCACACGUUUGCUUAUUGCACCUGUGUAGUCGCAUGGGAUAUACCUGAGAGCGACUGGCCGUGACUCAUCAGUUAUUUUUUGGCUCCCUCUGUUUAUUUUUUAUACCAUGUGUAAACACACUUUUACUUGAAGAUGUAUUAAAGUCAGUCCUUUAUCUUAAAGUCACACACUGAUUUCUCUUUCACUGAGCCAAGUGUUAAGAUGUACAAAAACAGUGACAGCAGUUGCACACUUUUUUUUGACAUGUUAAAGCUUUAGUGCUGCCUCGGGGAUGCAGGUUUGUGUCUGGGCUGCGUCAUGUUCUGAUCUCAUUCCCGCUUUCUUUUCCCUAUAAUUUCCUAUCCCGACUUUCCUGUCCAAAAAUGUUCUUCUGACAUUCUUCUUCACAUAAACCAUAUAGCUUUGUAUGGUUUUGUUGCAUGAUUUAUUGUGUGCUUUUAUAUACUUUUAUAACUUGUAAUUGUUAUGUAUGUCUGUAAAUAUUUAUGUUUGAUCUCCAUAUGAACCUUAAUGUUACCUACCAACCUGAUAACAAAUAGGAAGUUGACAUGACAUUUUAAACCGUGACAGUAAUGUUCUGCAGUGUGACAUACUUCAUCUAAAACAAUUUCAUACUUUUUUUUUCCAAUUCUCUUAUAAUUAUUGUAUAUAGAUAUAUGCAUGCAGUUUUAAUGAUUUUAUAUUGAUUUGGACACUACAUAACCAUUUUAAAAUAUAAAAUGGCAAAUAAGUGAUUGAAAUGGUCACCAGUUGCAUUGCCUAGUAUAUGCAUUUCCUGUUAUUCAUUCAUCUCCAUUUGUAUCUUAAAUCUUCAUGUUGACAAAAAGUGCAUAAACUACCCCAACACUUCACAAGUUCAUUUUUA